GGAGCCCUUGUAUUGUAACUGUGUACUUCAACCCAGCAAAAUAGCUAAGAGCAGCAGACAGUGCUGUGGUUGACUUUAGGUGCUGUGGAACGGUUUUAGUUCAUUUCUGUCUCGUCAAAACUUUUAUACGCAACCUACCAGUUUUAUGAUAUUACAGUGUUUCACUGUGGCGUGUACAGAUGCAGAGAGAGAGGGCACAGACUGGAUUUCGUUAGCUAGAAGUGUUGUUAGCUUAGCUUUCUAGCUACUUAGCUACAGUACACUAGCAAGUGUACUGUGUUUAGCUAUCACGACUCUUCCAAAGCCAAUUUGAUGGACUUAAGCUGUAUUUUGCGACAUGCCACAUAGAAAAGACGUAUUUCAGUCAAAGGUCCUUCGAAAGCUCUACCCCUCGCCCCCUAAGCCUGACCAAAUCCCCAACACUCAACCAACCCUCACGACAGUUUCCAAAAAGCCCAAGGUGCAACACGAGUCAGGUGAUGAAGGGCUAUUACCAGACCAGCCCCCCCCUAGCAAACGAGUGUACACAGCACUACCUCCCCCUGAAGGAUACCUGACAGGUGCAGAGGGAUCUGUCACGCUCUCUCAGCCAACAGGCAUGAAUACCGCGGGGGACCCAGCUGAGGAAAUCUCCAGCCAGAGCAGAGAAGACGGCGACGAUGUAGAAGAAGAAGAACAGCAAAGAAGGAGAAGGAGAAGAAGAAAGAAGAAGACGUUGGAGCAUGCUUCUGGAGCACGCGCCGUGAAGGUGAAGACCGGCCAGGCUGGCGCAUCCAACACUGAUCGCCCCGGCUUGGAUGCAACCAUGGAGGAGGGCGGAGAACGACUCAGCAAAAACAAGCGAAGGAAAUUGAAGAAGAAACGUCAUAAGGAGAAGCUGAUCUCCAUGGGACUGGUCCCCCGGGCUGCUGCUCUGGAGUUCACUUACCAGCGAGAGGGGGAUGUAGAGGAGGAGGAGGAAGAUGAGGAAGUGCUGGAGAGGAGAUCAGUGGAGGUGUCCGAGUUCCUCAAGACAACACUGGGGUUCUAUGUAUCGGAGCCCUUAGCGCCUGCAGACAGGCCUCAAGUUCCCCUUGCGGUCUUUGAGGGCCUCCUGAGCAGAGUCUCCAGUAGAACAGCGCCCCCCUCUGCCCUCCGGCAGCUCCACACCCUCAAGGCCCAGGUGCAGCUGAAGGACACGGUGCGCCUGGCCAACGCUCUGGAAGACUUCCAGUCCAGAUCCAGCUUGUCUCCUGAUGAGACCACAGCUGUUGUGUGUCUGAUUCAGUACUGGAUCACAGACAUCCUCACCCUGUAGGCUGAGAGAGGACCACACAACCGAAAACAUUUGUGGAACAUGUUGUUUUUUUUUUAAUGUAAAU